AUGCCCAAGAAGGUCCAACCUGAGCUAAUCGCGUUAUAUUCUCUGAAUGUCGAGUUAGCGCUCAUCCGAGAUAAAGUAAAUGCACGUGGGAAUAACGACACCUCAGGAAUGUAUCGGCUUCAGUUCUGGAAAGAUUCUUUAUCUGCCAUAUAUGGUGAAGCCAAUGUUCCUAUUCCGAGGCAACCAGUAGCCAUUAGCUUAUGCGCGUUCUCUCCUGAUGCCAACCCUACUUUAAUAGAAACUCUUGUAACUGCACGACAACAGACACUAGGAGAUAAACCAUUUGCAACUGUGUUUGAGUUAUGUGGUUACGGAGCUCGUACUGCAGGGUCACUGAUGCAGUUAACCGCAGAAUCUCUAAUAAGAUAUCACAAUGAGAAUGUUAAUAUGGAUCAAAUAUCUCGAGCAGCUUCAGAUAUUGGUGGAGCUUAUGCUAUCUUGAAUCUGAUUAGGUCAACUCUGCCGUUGUUAACAAGAGGUGUUGUGUUGCUACCCUCAGAUUUAUUAUCUCUCAAUAAUCUUACUCCCGACAGGGUUUAUAGGAAAACACAUUUAGAUGAUUGCAAACAUGUUGUGAAAGAUAUGGUUCGGAUCAGUGAAAAACAUUUGGCUUCUGGUCGUGAACGGGUAUCUUCCUUUCCCCGUUCCAUUCGUCCAGCUUUCAUAGCUACUACUGCUUCGGCGGACUACAUACUGAAGAUGAUCAAAAAAACGGAUUAUGACAUUUACAACACUAAAAUUCAAGGACGAAACGUGCUAUUGUUAUGGUUAAUGAUGUACCGCAAGAUGUUCGGGAGAUGCUAG